UAAUAAUAAUAGGUGUUUCGUUCGUUCGUUCGUUCGUUCGUUAUAUUUUUUCGACUAAACCGUUAAUAACAUUCUAUAUUAACAACAAUGUCUGGACGUGGUAAAGGUGGCAAAGUUAAGGGAAAGGCAAAGUCUCGUUCUAACCGUGCGGGUCUACAGUUUCCUGUGGGUCGUAUACACAGAUUGUUGAGAAAAGGUAACUACGCGGAGCGCGUCGGUGCCGGUGCUCCCGUUUAUCUCGCUGCCGUUAUGGAAUAUCUUGCAGCUGAAGUUCUCGAGUUGGCCGGUAACGCUGCCAGAGACAACAAGAAGACCAGAAUCAUACCUAGACAUCUUCAGCUAGCCAUAAGGAACGACGAAGAGUUGAACAAGCUUCUAUCGGGUGUGACGAUAGCUCAGGGAGGUGUACUACCAAACAUCCAGGCCGUAUUACUGCCAAAGAAAACGGAGAAGAAGGCCUAAAUGACAGCCAGCCCCCCUCACAUUAACCAUCGUCGUCAACAUCAUCGGACAGCGCACCAUCGUGUCAUCACUAUAUACAGACAGAUACAGAAUCAUACAGAGAUGUAUGAAAAAAUAAUAACAACAACAACAACAACAACAUCUUCAUUACUCGCACUAACCGACUCAUUCUUCUUGUGAAGUAAUAGUGCAUGUCAGUAUUUUUAUAUUACUGAUAAUAUAGAGAGAGAGUGAGAAGUGUUUCUUAUAGGGAAUGGGGAUGAUGUGAUGUUUGUUUAUUUAUUUUAUUUUUUUUUUGUAUGUAUAUAGUCAUACAUCCAAAUGAUGUUUUAAAAGGCCCUUUUCAGGGCCACAAAAUAAAUCGUUGUUUAACGUAUAUGUAUUUUAUAUAUAUAUACGAACAGUUCCAACGAUACGAGACGUCGUCAAUUAUAAUAAAAUAUAUAUUUAUUAUCGUUUUACGUAUUCAUAUAAUUAAGAAAUUGCCUACGCUCAGUAUAUAAUUAUAUAUGACUUUAUGAAAAACAAAUUAAAUAACAAAGAAUAAUCUAC